GCGUUUAUUUUCGUUCUGCCACUGAUGGUCGAGGAUUAGGUUUGUGUUGUAGCGUCAGAUAUUUUCUGUUUAUGAUUUUAUUGGGUUCUUGUGGAUUUUUUAAUCAAUUGGAACAAUAGAUCUGCUAAUAUCAUAAGAAAUCUUAACUGGGAUUUUUAUCGUGGAUCAGAGUAGACAGUUUAUGAAGGGAUAUCGCCAUCACCUGAUUCAGAAGCUGGGAUAGUACCGGUUCCGUUUAGUACUUGUUUAAUGUUUCAAGAAAAAACGGUAUUGUGUUGGGGCAUACCAUUUACGGGUUAAAAAGAUUUUCCUGAAAACGGCAUAAACCAGAUAUCAAAAAUUGACGACCAACAAAGAAAAAGCAUCAUGAUCUCCUUCAACAAUAUGAUGGCUCUGCAACAGCAGCAGAAACUUAUUACGCAGGCCUGUGAGAUGAGUAUGGACAACAAUGCAGCUAACAUUCAGAUUCAUCAAAAUGGAGGAACUAUUUCCCCAUCAUCCACAGGUUCCCAGAUGGACGACAACAUUAGCAAGACAAACCUUAUAGUCAACUAUUUGCCUCAGACAAUGACUCAGGAAGAAAUCAGGGCGUUGUUUUCCAGUAUUGGAGAAGUUGAAAGUUGCAAGUUGAUCCGAGACAAACCCACAGGGCAAAGUUUAGGAUAUGGCUUUGUGAACUACAAGAAUAUCCAAGAUGCUGAUAAGGCUAUUAACACGCUCAAUGGCUUGAGGCUACAGAACAAGACCAUCAAGGUUUCAUUAGCUCGGCCCAGCAGUGAAAGUAUUAAAGGGGCUAACUUGUACAUAAGUGGUUUGCCAAAGUCUUUGACUCAAUUGGACUUGGAGAAACUAUUUUCAGACUGUGGACAAAUCAUUACUUCAAGAAUUCUUUAUGACCAAAAUACAGCAGGUCUUUCCAAAGGGGUAGGGUUCAUUAGGUUUGAUCAGCGAAUAGAAGCAGAGAGAGCAAUACAGAAACUGAACGGGUCAAUACCAGAUGGAGCAGCAGAGCCCAUCACAGUUAAGUUUGCCAACUCUCCAAGUUCGAACAAAACGGCUGCUCUUGCCCCCAUAACACUGGCACCAUAUCUACCCCAGACACGGAGACUACCAGUAUUAGGACCUAUCCACCACCCAGCCAGCAGAAUCAGGUACUCUCCUCUGGACAGCCUGAUCCCUUCAGCCGCUGCCACAACAGUUUCUACAGCAGCUGCUGGAAAUGCUCUCAGUGGUGCAGGUUGGUGUAUAUUUGUGUACAACUUAGCACCAGAAACAGAGGACAGUACAUUGUGGCAAUUAUUUGGGCCAUUUGGAGCAGUACAGAAUGUGAAGGUCAUCCGUGACUUCCAAACACAAAAAUGCAAGGGGUUCGGCUUCGUUACCAUGACACAGUAUGAAGAAGCUCUUAUUGCCAUUCAGAGUUUAAACGGGUUCGCACUGGGCAAUCGCAUCCUCCAAGUCUCCUUCAAAACCAACAGCAAAGGGAAGCCCUAAGGUUACUCAGGUGACGUUGAAACUAGGAACCAUCUAGUCAUUUCUUAAAAGUGCACUGCCAUACUGUUGUUCAGUAUAGGUAGACUGUUCAGAUUAUACAAAGAUGCCAAAUCCAAUAUUGUAUGUCUUUGUUAUGGUUUUCAUUGGAAAACUUUUGAAUCUCUGUUAACCAAAAAUGGAAAUUAAGUUUUCAUUCUCUUUUGAUUGAAAUCCAAAUGUCUUCAAAUGAAGCAGAAUGUAUUUAUUUAAUUUUUUUUUUUUUAUGUAAUUAAUCGGUUAAAAUAAUUUUAUUUAGAGUGUAUUUAUCAUAAAUUAUCGAUCCUUUUCUUGUUUUAUUGAAUCAAGAAUAUUUGUAUUUUAUUGUCUGUUUUAACUUAAUAUUUGUGAAGUUUUGUCUCAUUAAUAUUAUUUAUCAUUGUCUUGUAUUAUGCUUAUUUUAGAAUUAGUUGGCCCUAGGCCUGUUCACAUAAAACCAAUGUUGAUAUAUUUUGAUGUACCUGUGAAUGUACUAUAUGGUGUUUAGUUUCCAUAUUUAUUUGAUCCAUUAUAUUUGGGUCAUUUUUAUUGUGUUCCUGUAUUGAUAUUUGUUCUGUUGCCUUUUUCGUUUGCUCACUGGAGUGUUUCUGUAGUAGUCAUGGUGUACAGCUGCUUGUCAUUAUUUUACUGUAUUUGUAGUUCUUUUCAGUUUGGAUUUCUCUCGUUUCUUAUUUUUAUGAGAAAUUUCUCUACACUCUUGUCAGAUAGACUUAUCAAAAUGAAAUCGGCACUUUAGCCAUGAUCUUGUAAAAAAGGGGGGGAUAUAAGGCACUUUGGCCAGAAAGGUGGAGCUUAAUGAACAAUAACUCUCUUUUUUUGUCUUUUUGACAAUAAUGAACAAAACCAAAUAUUUUUAACAUGUUGUCUUUACAAAACAUUUGAAUUUAUUAGUAUUUUUACAUUUAGAUAUUGAACAACUAUACCUCCUCAACCUUAGGCUCAAGAUCCUUGUAUGCACGAACUCUUAAUUUUUUCAACAUAGUUGAAAUAUUUUGUAAUUUGUGCCCAUUAUAGAUUCUUUUCCUUCUCAUCAGCAUGAGUGUACAGAGAUUUUUUCAAGAUUCAGGACCCUGAAUCAAUCAUUCAUAACUUUUGUUUGUCUUGAUUCUGUUACUGGGAGUAUUUAUGAUUUGAUCGUUUGAUUCUUGAUUUCCGUUUCAUUUUAUUUUCACACCACAAGUAAAUAACAGGUAGGUCCAGUUAUUUCUUGUUUAUGGAUCACAAUAAUUAAACACCACAUCAUUUUACUGACUUAGAAUUUUAUUUGAUGGAACAUUUGCUUCAUUUGAUAGCAACCUUUUUGUAAGUUUGUUAACAACCAUACUUGAAUGAUAUCUGCUGAGAGCCAAAACAUGGCUUCAACCAAAAUCAGAAAACCAUGCAUUGAUGCCAAAUUGAUCUUCCAAUUAUUUUGUAAAGCACUGAGCAGGGAGGGUUUUGUCAUGGUCACAAUAAUAUAUGUACAUACUGUUAGUCUUGGCGAUAGUAUACAGAUAAAAUACAGUGAAGGUUUUCAUUAAGUCACAUGUAUUCUAUCUGCAUAUAUGUAACUUUAUCAAGCCGGAUGAUCUCUUCAUCCUUGAAUCAUGUGAUAUUAUUGAUUAAACAUUGAUACAGUUCGAUACAUUCCCACUACAAUUAUGACUGAAAUUUCAUAAACAUUGAGAAUUCCUUGACCAAUAAUCAACUGGCUCAACUACCCCUGGUGUAUAUAUUAAAACCUGUUGGGGAUUUUAGAUAAAACUGUUUUAACACGUUUGUAUAAGGGAACAAUGCUUUUGAUUAUAGCAAGACAUGCCGCAUUUUGUGAUGACACGAGUUUCAGAUUUGUAAGGCUUUUUUAUAUCUUAAAAAGUUGACAUUUAGAUAUAUGUUUGGAGACUUUAUAACUCUUUUAUUGGGAGAGUACACAUUUUGGCUGUUUGUUUGUAUGUCCGAGAUUCUUUAUAUAGUGGUGUAAGUUGAUAGUAUAUCUUUUAUAAAACUUUCAAGACAAAAAUGCCAUUGUGUAUUACUGAUGGACUUCCAAAACUUGUAUUCAAGCAAUUGAAUGUUUACUGAAAUAUGCAAAUUUAUACAUCAGCUCUCUUUCUUUAGUAUACAGUCUUUGUCUAGAAAUUGUGGUGUCCAAGAAUCUUAUUUAUAUUGCAUUUUAAUCCAGCAAUAUAAAGUUCUGUUGAGAAUUGUUUUAUACGUAAGUGUAUGCUGCGACUGCAGCCAAGUUGUGGUAAUCCUUGUGCCAAGCACAGUGUUGGAUUGAAAACAGGAAUGAGAUACGUAAUACUCCCAUUUGUAUAUUUGUUGCAAUAAUGACUUGUUUUUUGACAACAAAAGUUAUGUAUGCUUGACGUUUAAAACAUUGAAUAUUAUAUCCCACCUUCAAAGUAAUCGUCUUAUUUGGUGAACUUUUUUUCUCUCGAUUUUUACAUUUAAGUGUUUCACAUUUCUUAUCUUUGACAUUGAAUUGAGAUUUCUUGUUCAUGUGUUUCUUGUUUGAAAAUAGAUUCUUCUUUAAUCAAGUUAUUGAAUUAUGAUUCAUUCCAUUUUUGGGGUCAGCCUUUUGGUAGUGUCACUGUUAAAAUUGUUCAUGUUAUAGACUCGAGUUACCUGGUGUGGUCCCUUCUCCUCUGCCAUCUGAUGAUCGAAAUGCAUUUUAUCGGGAACAGAAGAAACAUGACGAUUUCUUUCUUCGUUUUAUUUUAAAUUUACCAGGGUAGAUUUUUUUGAUUUUUUUUUUUUCUCCCAGGAAGGACUGCUGAAGUUAAUACAUUUCAAACAUUUUUAUCAUGCUUCCAUUUCUUAUUCAGUUUCUUCUCUUAAUAUUUUUGGUAAAUACGCAUGUUACAAAUUUUUAAUCAUGAAAAUUUUAUUAGAAUAAUAGUGCUGACUUUGUUAUAAUAUCUUCAGAGUAUUUUUUCUUCAAUCAAAUUGUCAAAACGAAUGAAAUUUUCCACAUUGAAAUUACACAAUAUUUGAUAUCUUAGCAGAUUUUGUAGAAUUUGUGAUAUACAAAAAUUACAUGAAACUGAUCUAAGAAAACAAGCAGUUGUAUCUAUCAAAGCCAUGACCUGUGGGCAAGAGUGGUGUGAAACUUCCUUAACUAAAUUUAGGUCUUCGACCUGGUGUAUUGAUAGGAAGGGGUAGAGGCUAGUGACUGGAGUAAAAUCUCAUUUGAUCAAUAUUUGAUGGCAGAUUCUAUGCUUUUAUUCAUUAAGAAAUCAUCUAUUAUAAUAUGUAUAGGAAUACCUCCAGUUGGUUUGUUAAUUACUCCCCAUUAUCAUUUUGAUGGUACUAAUAAAAACAGUGCAUGCAUUAUCAAUUUCCAUAGCAUUAAAUGCUAAGAGCCAUAAUAAAAUUCCCAUUGGGUAUUUAUAGGAAGAUGAUUAAUUUUCUAUCUCAUCAAAUGAGAGGUUGAAUUGAUUUCCUGAGUUUUUAAUUAGAAUAUUUUUUAAAUAUAUCAUUACUGUUUUUAAAUCAGAUUUAAAGUUUACUAAUAUUAAUUUUACCUUUUUUCUUCUCCAAGCCAUCAACUGUUGAUAUUAAGGUUGUUUUUGUUCUUACUAGGUAUAUGGAGUGAAAAAUAGAUGAAAAUUCAGCAUGUUGUUUAGUGGAAGGACAUAGUUGGGUUUAUAGCCAGGGCUUCAGGAGGAAGUGUUUAUAUCAAAGUUAAAUCCAGGGUUUUCUACCGCCUGCAAGUUGGGCCCAAAUUAAGUUAUUAGCACAUUGUUUCAUGACUGCUGAAGCUUUCUCUCUCAACAAGUCCUCACACAAAAUUUCAUGGUGAAAAAUUCAAACAUUUCAAAGAGAAGCUGUUAAACCUGGGUAAUUAUAUUAGAAGGGCAUUUUGACCACAUUUUUUUUUUUUUUUUUUUUAAUUUUAGUUUGAAUUUUAACUCCAAUUUGGCUGACCCAUUUAUUGCAAUAUUUUAACUCAUUAAAUACUAGUUAUGAUUACAUUGCUUACGAGUGUGCUUAUUAAACAUACUGCUUUUGUAUUGGUUAGUCUCGUCUUUACGUUAAUUAUUAUGAGAAUCAAAUCGUAGUAAACAUUAUACAAUUCGCCAUUGUGAUCGCCCACAGCAGGCUGGCUGUCCAUGUUCAAUUGUAGUUUUGGUUGUAACAGCAGUAAUGAGUAUUUGUACUUUUUAUUACAUGUGAAAACUAAUAAAAUCUGUUGCAUAUUA